AUGUCUCCAUCGAUCUCUCUCUCCCCCUCCAAUGCUGCCCCCCAACCCAUGUUUCCCCGGUCACAAGCUCCUCGGCCGACACAUACCCACUCGUCCCCUGCGCUGAAUAUCAUUAGCAACAAAUCUUCUCCCGCCGGGCCUGCGGGCGGCCCAACCGUCAGGCGUGCUCCCAGUGCGCCUGCCGCAGCUGUGGGCGACAGGGUGACGGGGGUUUCGGAAAAGCUCGUAUCACUAGCAACAAGCUCUGGAUCAAGCAGCGUUGAAGAGGCGACCGGGAAACCAUCGUCCACCUCCCCGCUGGCAGUGUUCAACCAGCCCCUCCUACCUUCCGCUCCGAUCCCAGAACCCAUAACGGGCCUCCCCAAACGCCGUCCCAGCACUUCUUCCUCUCACGCUGCGUCGCGUUUACCAUCGCGUUCGCAUACGCCUGCUAUACAUAACGGCGGAGAGACGGAUACGGCCGAUGGAAAGCCGACACCGCAGACGGGCGCGAGUAGGAUGGCGGCUGCUGCGAAGCGUGGUUUGGACGGGGAGGUUGGAGGGGAAGAGGUGGCUGAUCUUUAUGAAGAAGGACAUCCCUUGAGCGAAAAGUGCUUGCGUGAAAAAGAUUAUAAAUCCCUAACAGUAUUCGACCAUCCCUUCCACAUCCCAAACCGCUUCAACCUCCUCCGCUCCCUCGGUAAAGGCGCCUACGGCCUCGUCAUCAACGUCCAAGACACCUACACCGACACCACUCUCGCCGUCAAAUGCAUCACCCGCGUCUUUGACAAGGUCAUACUAGCAAAGAGGGCUUUGAGGGAGAUCACGCUGUUGCGGCAUUUUUGGGGGCAUGAGAACUUGACGGGGCUUGUGGAUUUGGAUCAUGUGUGGGAUGGGUAUAAUGAGAUUUAUCUCUACAUGGAGCCGAUGGAAGCAGACCUCCACCAAAUCAUCCGCUCCGACCAAACCCUCACCCCCGCCCACUCCCAAUACUUCACCUACCAGCUCCUCCGCGGCAUGGCCUACAUCCAUUCCGCCAACGUCAUACACCGCGACCUCAAACCGGGGAAUCUGCUGGUGAAUGGGGAUUGUGAAUUGAAGAUUUGUGAUUUUGGGCUGGCGAGGGGUUUUAGGGCUGUUGAUGGGGAGGAAGGGCAGGAGGAUGGGAAGAUGACUGAAUAUGUGGCUACGAGAUGGUAUAGAGCGCCUGAGAUCAUGCUCUCCAACAAGAGAUAUACCACAGCCAUCGAUGUCUGGUCGAUAGGCUGUAUCAUCGCCGAACUCCUCGGCAGGCAACCAAUCUUCCGAGGUGACAGCUAUGUCGAACAGCUCACACUCAUCUUCCAAACCCUCGGUACCCCCGAAGACGAAACGCUCGAAAAGCUCGCUGGUGAAAAGGCAUGCGCGUUCGUGAGAUCUCUGCCUCAUUACGAGCCCAAGGACUUGAGGGAUCGAUACCCUGAUGCCGAGGAUGAUGCUAUCGACUUGACGAAGAAACUGCUCCAGUUCGACCACCACCUCCGUCCCACCGUUGCCGACGCCCUCAAACACCCCUACGUCGCCAAGUACCACGAUCCCUCGGACGAACCUCCUUGCGAGAUAUUCACAAAAUGGGAAGAAGUGGAGGGGCUGAAGACGAUUGAAGAGCUCAGGGAAGCUAUCAGUCGAGAGAUCAGGGAGAUCCGAGAGGAAGUUAGAGCGAUUGUGGAAGAGGAGGAAGAUGGGGAGGAGGAGAUGAUGGUGUAUGAUGAUGGGAAGGUGUUCUUUGAGACGCCUGAUAUGUUGGCUGCGCCAACGCUCGAAUCGUCUGAUCCGUCAGACCCUGUCACAUCGUCGACAAACAUCAUCACACCCUCCACCCCUCCCACCGCCACCGCCACCGCCAACGCCACCGCCCCGCCUUCCCAAUCCCCCAAAUCAAUCCCCUUCCCCGUACAUCCUCGUUCAUCAAGCCACUCUGUAUCUUCCUCCCGUGCUUCCUCCGCCCCCCGAACAAGAGAACACUCGCCCUCUACGCCGCAUACUGCGCUAUUAGAAGAAAGCUUUGGCGCGCCAUACGGCAGGGUGUCUAGGCGGUCGUCUACCCAUUCUUUGGGCGGUGGUAGGCGCCCCGGAAGCCUCUUCUUCCAUCCUUUCGGAAGCGGCAUGACACCCAUGUCAUCUAUCGUCCCCUCCCACCCUUCUACACCUUCCACCGCUACGGCGUUUAACCAAAACCAAGAACCAGAGACGGCGAGAGACACGAGCUUGGAGAGCCGGGAUCGGAGGCCGUCGGGACAUUGGAGGAGCCGGUCGAGGGCGGCGAGUCAGGUUGGGGGAUCGUUGGUGCUCGACAGACUUGCUGCCCUUGACGUCAAAGACCACCACGAUCCCUCUAAGCGUGCUGAUGGGGCGGCGGGAGGACAGGGUAGGGUAGGGUUGGGGAUUGGAGGGGAUGCCGAAGUACCGCCGAUGACGGUCUCGCCGAGCGAUGCGCCUCCUAGUGCCCCGCCCAAGGCUUUUGGGUUGAUUUAG